AUGGCCUUCAACCGUAUCGCUGUCUGGGGUCACCGCGGAUUCGUCGGCUCUGCAGUUGUUACUGCUCUAAUUGCCUCGGGGGCCCCGGUUACCAUUCUGCAUCGCCCGGGCUCGGACACUUCCCAUCUUCCCGAUCAUGUGAAAAAGAUUGAAAUUGACGAUCUUGAUGAGGACGCUUUGGUUGCUGCCUUGCAAGACAUAGACAUUGUCAUUUCUCUUGUUGGAGACGCGGGCACCGCCAGCCAGUAUGGCUUUGUUAAGGCCAUCCCUAGGACCAAAGUCCAGCUUUUCUCCCCUUCCGACUGCUGUCUGCGAUAUGGUGAGCAGGGAAUGCGCAUUCCCUGUAUGAAGGCAAAAGCCGAUCUUGAAAAGGCUGCAAAUGACGCUGGCAUCCCAGUUACUGUCGUUCACCAAGGAAAUUUCGCUGAAUACACCUUCAACACACUUACCAAGGACUAUGUGGCAGCUGCAUUCGUCGAUAUCUUUGCUGCCAGACCUAUCUCUACCAUACAGAACCGGACCAUCACAUUGUCCGAGCUCACACCGACCGGCUUAGAGAUUGCCGCGGUUAUGAAGAAAAAGCACGGCAGUGACCCCACUACUGAAACACGAAGCUUGGAGGAUGUUAACCGAACGAUCGAGGGUUAUAUUAGCAACGGGAGCAAUCUUGCUGUUCCUUCCUAUUGCCGCAAGAUCUGGGGAACAGGAGAAAUGAUAAAGAUGCUUCCUGAUAAGUUAUGGGAAGUCGAAGGCUAUAAGAAAGCAACUUUAGAGGAUAUUAUCCUAGAAGGAAAAUGUGGAAACUACAGAGAUCUGCCGGAAACUGUGGUGGAGUACCUUCGAAAGUUGUAG